UCGCUACAAAAGGCCAGCAGCUAGAAACCUGAUUAGUAUUUAAGUUUUAGAGUUUUGGGAAGAAGGUGAUAAUGUUUUGUUGUCUUUUAAGACCUAACAAUGCAUAUACUCUUUUUAUAAUAAUAGUGACGUUAAUUCUGUCAAACAAUGUUGCAAAGUCUUAUCGUGCUGUGGCAGUUAUACAUGGCAUUCUCACAGGUAGUGAUAGUAUGGAGACAAUAACAAAUCGAAUAAAAGAGAUGCAUCCUGGAACACAAAUAUAUAACACUCAAAGGUAUGCUGGAUGGUCGAGUUUGGAGCCAAUGUGGAGACAAGUAGAGGAGAUAGGAAAUGAUAUUUUGUCAAUAGGCGCUGCUUUUCCAGAAGGCAUUAAUUUACUUGGCUAUAGUCAAGGUGGAUUAUUAGCUAGAGCCAUAUUGCAAAGAUUCCCCGAUCAUAAUGUUAAAAAUUUCAUAUCGUUGAGUUCACCUCAAGCUGGUCAAUAUGGAACACGUUUUUUACAUCUGAUAUUUCCAGACUUAAUGUGCGAAACUGCUUACGAAUUAUUUUAUUCAAAAAUUGGACAGCAUACAAGUGUAGGAAACUAUUGGAACGAUCCACAUCAUCAAGAGCUGUAUUAUAAAUAUAGUAAAUUUUUACCACUUGUUAAUAAUGAGAAGAAUAAAACAGUUUCUAAAUAUGGUUUAAUAAAACUGGACAAAAUGGUGCUUAUUGGAGGACCUGACGAUGGCGUUAUUACACCAUGGCAAAGCAGUCAAUUUGGAUAUUUUGAUAAAAAUGAAACUAUCGUUGAAAUGCAUAAUAGAGAUGAAUAUAAAAAUGAUUUGAUUGGAUUAAAAACAAUGGACAAACAAAAGAAGCUGAUAUUCCAUACUGUGCCAGGAAUACCACAUUUUGAAUGGCAUAAGAAUAUAUCGAUAGUAGAUCAAUUUAUUCUUCCAUAUUUAAAUUAAAUGAUAAAUAUGUAAUCGACAUCCUAGUAUGAGAUUGCAAAUACUUAACGAAAUAAUAGCCUGUUAUAUUUACAUCAUGAAGACUGUUACACUUAAGCAAAAACUAAUGUAAUAUAUAAAAGAAAUUUUAUAG